CUCCCUUCAUGCACGUCCACGCGGCGGUCGUGCUCGUGCUCCUCACCGCACUGGCGCUGCCAUCGACCUGUCAAGACUCCGAUUCACCAACAGACACCUCAAGUUCCACAGACGCAAGCGGCUUUCCAGAUAUUGUUGUCUUCUCGACAGGCCGUACCUCCACAUCAACAACUAUGCGGAACGAGACAACCACCAAGCCAGCAACGGCCCCUGCCGAAUCGACCGGUUACGCGGCAGCCUCCGUCCCGAACUUGGCGGCGGAACCAAAACCAUCGGCCGAUAGUUCCACCACGACGAUCUUGCUGUCGAUUGCCGUGGGAUUGGUAGCGUCUGUCGGGGCUGCCGUCGUCGUCGUGACUCGCCGACGAAGCGCCCAGCUCGACAAUUUAGACAUGUUGUCUUCUCGCAAAGAUCUCGAGGUGGCCAACAUCGACCAGCCCGACCAUUACCACAACAAGGACGGAUGCAACGACGACCUGUACUCGGUGCAUGGGAUGAGCACUCGCGGAGGCAGCGCGUACAGGGCCCACGGCGCGUUUGCUUCCAAGGCCAUGCGAAGCAGCAACAUCCUUGGACCGUUCGCCCACCAGCCGCCCUCGACACACCUUCCGCGGACCCUCGACGACGGCGUGUCGUUCGCGAACUCUUCGAUUAUCAACCAAACAACGACCCAUGCUACGUCGUUGAGCGUCGUGGACGAUGCCGACCCCCCCGAGGACGAAGUCAUGUGCACCAUGAUCAGUGUCGACAGCAUGGUAUACCUGGACACGGCGCACUUGCUGCAGUCGAUCACGUCCAACAUCCCUCUACCGUCGACGAUAGGAUCCGACACGUACAUUGUCGGCGACGACGACGAAGAUGAAGACCACAACAUGUCCGAGUACGUCAUGUGACACUGCGUAGCCGCAAACCCCCAUUAUUUAAUGACACAGUCUGUAUUGUCA